CAAUUUUCUUCUUCUUUCAGGUUAUGCUAUGGUUGUAAGAGGGAAUGAGGCUAAGAAUAAUUUUGCGAGAUUUCAAACACCUUUUAUCACAACAACGGGAAUAACACAAGGUUGCAUAAAAUUCAAAUACUUCAUAGAAGGCAGAACUCCGGCAUCCAUUGCUGUCAUAAAACAAGGCGCUGUCACACAAUAUUUAUUUGCUACUGCACGCAGAACUGAAGACAAAUGGGAAGUGGCAGAAAUCGAUGUGGAAUUUUUAGGAGAUCAAGUAAUGUUCUACUUUGAAGCAGACACAAGAACUCAAGAUUUUGGAAGCAGUUUGGUUGCAUUUACAGAUUUGGUCAUUACUUCAAGCCCUUGUACACAUAAUCAUUAUGGUUAAAUAGUUAUUUAAUUAAAUCAUAGAAGCAAUGUGUAGUGCCAGUUAAUGUAAAAAAGGCUGAAUAAAUUAAAUUAUUUAAUCUUUGUAGCAAAAAUAAACAUUAUAAUUAAUAGAAUAUA